CUUUUCCCGUCUGUAGCUCGUGUUCAUGUGAUUAAUGUGCUGUUGUUGAAGCAGCUCUUCCCAGUCAGUCCAUGGCCUAUCAGUAUGAGUCUAUCAGUCUGGGUCGUCCUCCAGCGGAUCGGGCAGCUGCUGCAGACCACUGCUGGUUCCCUGGACCCCCUCCACCCAUCUACUCCUGCACCCUGACCCCAGACCUGGAGGCCAAGGCUCGAGAGGAGCUUCAGGAGAAGCCGGAGUGGCGUCUGCGUGAUGUCCAAGCUCUGAGAGACAUGAUUCUGAAGGAACAUCCUAAUCUCAGAACCCGAUUGGACGAUGCCUUCCUCCUCCGCUUCCUGCGGGCCAGGAAGUUUGACUACGACCGCGCCCUGCAGCUGCUGCUCAAUUAUCACGCGGGGCGGAAGGCCUGGCCCGAAGUGUUCCAGGACCUGAAGCCGUCCACCGUCAGACAUGUGCUGGACCUGGGCUUCCUCACGGUCCUACCACGGCCAGACCCCAGAGGAAGGUACAUCCUGUUUCUCCGGCCAGGCAAAUGGAAACCAAAUGAUUAUCCGUUUGUGGACAAUGUGAGAGCCAUUUAUCUGACUCUGGAGAAGCUGAUCCAGCCGGAGGAGACGCAGGUGAACGGUAUCGUCAUCUUAGCCGACUACACCGGAGUGGGAAUGUCUCAAGCGUCCAACCCAGGUCCUUUUCUGGCCAAGAAGGUGGUGAGCAUUCUGCAGGAUGGCUUCCCGAUCAGAAUCAAGGCCGUCAACAUCAUUAAUGAGCCCAGGAUUUUCAAGGGCAUCUUUGCAAUCAUCAAACCGUUUCUGAAGGAGAAGAUGGCAGAGAGGUACGUCCUUCAUGGCUCCGACCUGCGCUCACUGCACCAGAACAUCCCACCAUCCGUUCUGCCGGAGGGGUACGGCGGCACCGCCGGGCGGCUGGAUAUGAGCGCAUGGUCCAGGCUGCUGCUGGACUGUGAGGAGGAGUUCAUCGUGGAGUUCUGCCAGCCCGAUCCACUGGAGGGAGUGGUGCUCCCAGACUCCAUGCUGUUUGAAGGCGAGCAUGCCGGAGGGAAGGAUGAGGACACGGUCAGGGGGCUGCGCUCUCAGCUCUACUAUUGUUACUGAGGCUCUCUGGGAGGACUUCUACAGGGCAACAUGCCAACAUUGAUUUAUUUAAGUAAGCAGCAUCGCUGUGUGUGGAAAGUCCAGUUUACUUCUCACACAGCCCAGCAUAAAGACGAUGGUCCGAGAGGCUCCAGGCUCUCUGAAGACAUUUAUCAUCAUCAUGUUUAAAUAGUGGGUCAUUCAUGAAAAUCCUACUAUUGUUCCCUUUCUUCCUCAGCUGAGGUUCCAUUAGGCCAGUCAGAGAAAUCAUUUCUCUACAAAAUGCCAUCUGCAGCUAAACCAGAAACACUGAUGGAAGCAGUGAAAACAUUGUCAGCUGGAAUUUAUUGUUUCUCUUUAGCUAUCAGAAGCUGCUGCUGGAUAGAAAAUAAUGUCCAAUGAGCCCUCCUAUUGGCAGCAGACUCUGAAAGCCAGCUCUAACUGUGGUGUCCCACUGAGCUGCACCUGCUGGAGACCAGUUAGACUCGUAAUGACGAGAAAAAAUGAAAAUAAUCUGUUCAGUCUCACUGUUUGUUUCAAACAAGUGACCAGUUAAACAUGUGGCUCCUUGGCAGGUGUGCACAAAGUGCUUUUUUCAAAUUUUUUAAAAUCUGAGUUCUAGAUUUUUGACAUUUAGAUUAAGAGUUAAUGUGCCGGUGUCAAACACAGCUCGGAAACUAAAUCAAGACAUGAYGACUUUGUGACUUGAGAGAAAACUGGUUGACUUUUUUUUUUUUUAUUCAAAGAGGAAGUGACGAGAUAGCGAGCCCCUGUGACUCACACGGAACAAAAACACACAUUUAGCAGACUUCAUUCGAGAUGCUUUUUGCCAUCUAGCUGCUAACAGUUUCAGCCCAGUGAGAUUCUGGCCUAAAGAAGGURAAUUAUUGCAACAACAAACAACAAAUUCAUGACCAUGAUGCCAGCAAUUAAAGACCAACAAAAACUUUCAA